AUGUUGGGGGCAAAUGGUGUUUUUUGGACGCAGAUGAGGUCACCUCUUUGCUGAAGUUAAACAGGUUUAUGGUUCGUCUGUGCCUAGAUGAGAGGGUCCUGGGAAUCCCAGGUACCCUGUUUUCUGGAUGUGCCAAGAAGAUCAUUUCUCAGUUUUUACUAUGUGAACUACUUGAGCUCUGUGUCCGCCAUAUUAGAUUGUACAGUAGCUUCCAUUUGCUAAAGUCAAAAUACAUUUGUGGGUUUGACAAGUCUGCAUGGAAGCAUAGAAAUCCACACCGAUUGUUCAGAACAACUCUUGUUUCACAUGGCCAAAUCGUCCAGUUCAAGCUCUCUGAUAUUGGAGAAGGGAUUACAGAGGUGACUGUGAAAGAAUGGUAUGUAAAAGAAGGUGAUGUUGUAUCACAGUUUGACAGCAUCUGUGAAGUACAAAGUGAUAAAGCCUCUGUCACCAUCACCAGCCGUUAUGAUGGCAUCAUUAGAAAACUCCAUUAUGACUUAGACGAAGUUGCCUUUGUGGGGAAACCACUAGUGGAUAUAGAAACAGUUGCCUUGAAAGAUGUAGCAUCUGAAGAGGAUGUUGUGGAAACGCCUGCCGUGUCACAUGAAGAGCAGACCCACCAGGAGAUUAAAGGCCACAAAACCUUGGCCACCCCUGCUGUUCGUCGCCUUGCCAUGGAAAACAAUAUUAAACUAAGUGAAGUUGUUGGAACAGGGAAGGAUGACCGUAUCCUCAAAGAAGACAUUCUCAAUUACUUGGCCAAGCAAACGGGGGCUAUUUUACCUCUUUCGCCCAAACCUGCAAUUAUCGCACCUCCAUCCAAAUCGAAGCCUGCAGCAGACAUGACAAAGAUGCCAAGAAUUCUUGUGCCCAUAUCCAAACCUGUAGAAAUGUCAGGGGAAGAUAAAACAGUGACUUUAUCAGGAUUCCAGAAGGUAAUGGUGAAAACUAUGACUGCUGCUUUGAAAAUUCCUCAUUUUGGUUAUUGCGAUGAGAUCGAUCUCACACAACUUGUCCAGUUGAGAGAGCAGUUGAAACCUGUAGCACAAGAACGGGGGAUUAACCUCACCUUCAUGCCCUUCUUUUUAAAGGCUGCUUCUUUAGCCUUAUUACAUUACCCUAUUCUUAAUGCUGCAGUGGAUGAAAACUGCCAAAACAUCACUUACAAGGCUUCUCACAACAUUGGAGUUGCUAUGGAUACAGGACAAGGCUUGGUUGUCCCCAAUGUGAAAAAUGUUCAAGCUUGUAGCGUGUUUGAGGUUGCUUCAGAAUUAAACCACCUGCAAAGCUUAGGGUCUGCUAAUCAGCUGGGAACAAAUGACCUCACCGGAGGAACGUUCACACUUUCCAACAUUGGCGCAAUUGGUGGUACCUAUGCGAAACCAGUAAUACUGCCUCCUGAAGUAGCUAUUGGAGCUCUUGGAAAGAUACAAGUCCUUCCUCGGUUUAACAGUAAAGGUGAAGUCUUUAAAGCACGGAUAAUGAAUGUAAGCUGGUCAGCCGAUCACAGAGUUAUCGAUGGUGCAACCAUGUCCCGUUUUUCCAACUUGUGGAAAUCUUACUUGGAGACCCCUGCUUCCAUGCUGCUGGAUCUUAAAUAAAGAAAACAAAUGGGUGGACACAUCUUUUUACAUUUUGGAACAGCUGUCAAGCUAGCUAUGCUAGCAGGUGCCCUUAAAUACUACAUUUCAUAAUUCAUGGUUACAAUGCGUGAUCAAUAGGCCUUUCGGAUCACUCGUCAGUGUACAGAUUAGCCAUUGCAUUUGUCUAGUUGAGUAGAUUAGUUUGUAAAUUAUUUGGCUAGAGGCUGUCAUAGGGGAUGGAAUGGCUUUUUGGUAAGGUAGUGGGAAAUCUAUGAUGAUAAAACAUGCUGUAUUCCACUAGACUGACAUUGCCAGAUGAAGGCUGCUAGUGUUUGUUUUUUAAAUUGCUUCCCUUUUUGUCAGAAUUUAUUCCUGAUUGGAAACAGGAGUUUCUUUUGGACAAAACUAAAGGGAUGUUACAAAAUGUCUGAUGCAACAAAUGCACAAAUCAUGUUUAAAAAAUGCUUUUGUUUUGCUUAUUUUAUGAAAUAUAUAGGGAUAGCCUUUCCUUGGUUAAUGAUGCUAACUUUCCUUUUUUCUUUUUCUAAUGUCCUUUCUACCUAAAAUAAUUACUGUAAUGUGUGAGGCAGCUGUCAGUUAAUGGGAAGAUCCUCAAAGUGUCCAACAGCAGUUUCUAAAAUCUGCAGCCCAUGCAAGCACAGCUUUAAUUACGGAGUUAUACGUGAACAGCUUUUUCUCCUGUAAAGCAAGGCUUCUGAAGUAUCCAAAGAAUCUUGCAUUUGGACAGUCAUUGGUGCUCAAUAUCAAGAUGGUACGGAUGGGUAUGCAGUGUGAAAUCUAAUGAAUGUAACAGAGCGGUCUACGGAAGAGUCAUAAAAUUUGUUAAUGGCCAAUUCAUGCCUUUUGUUUAUCCAUGUGAGUAGAGGCCUGAGGAUGGCUGGGGCUGGAAAGGCAAUUGGGGGACUAUAAGGGGGAAGUAAAGGCAUUCAGUAGAAAGAUGGUUUCCCAUUUACAUGAAAUAAAUACUUUGAAGAGACAUCGGGCUCCAAAUAUGUUAAUGGUUAAGUGGCUUCAUUUGAACAUUUCCCACAGCACCAUAGGGAUUCACACACCGUUUUUCUGCAUGCUCAUCUAGAGGCUAAGGGUUGGAUCCAACUAUUCUGCACCCUGAUUGGCUUCUGUGAGUGCAGUGGAACGUCUCUUCCCUGGCACCCUCCCCAAAUCUGCUCUGGGGAUUACCCAAACCCUCCGGAGCAGAUUUGGAGGGGGUUAAUGGUGAGGGGGCAUGCUGGGGAAGGAGAGGGAGGGGAAGUUCUGUGGCACUUGCAGAAUGACUUAGUUGGAUUCAACCCUUAAUGUAUUGCGUGGGCUGGAUGUAAGAGCAGAUAAAACCUCAGAUGCAAAGAGAAAAGGGUUUAAGACAGCUAAUACAUAAACACGCGGCUCUUUAGCAAGAUUAGAAGUGGUCUUAGAGCAUGCCUGAUUAAAGGCUGUAAGUGACAGAAACUACUAUGCACUUUUAAAGGAAAAAAAUAAGCUUCCACAAAUAAUAUGGGAAAUAAUCAAAUGCACGCACACACAAUGCUUAUUUUCAAACAACAUUAUAUCCUCACUUUGAAGGUUAUUUGGUUAAACAUCACUAUAAACUCCUAAUUUGUAGAGUCUGUAAUUUUUUAAAACAACAGCAACACUACCCUUGUAAUAUAUAAUCUGUGAAAAGAAAGUUGAGGUAAAAUAUCUCAAAUUAAAGACCCUUUCCUGUCUUUGUUGGUCUGAGGAUCAGGGGAGAGGGAUGUGAAGUGAUACUCAUGUCUCUUGUAGAUCCAUGAGG